AUGCGCACAUCACGGAUAUCAAAAGACACGGCCACGCUCUUGAAGCGAGCCGCAGGUUCAGCCUCACCACCGCGACGCACGACGCGGUCUUCACUGGCACGGUUCGCCCUCAACGCAGCCUCUUCAAGCACGACGACUGCCUCACAGACGCCCGAUAUCGAAGACAGCAUCGGUCCGCCGUCAAAGAAGCGAAGAAGGGGUUCCGAUGCCUCGCUUUCCAGCGAAUUCACCAAGCCCGAGUCUGACGAUGAGGACGACAAGUUCGACGCGAUAGCUACGGCCCCCUCGAAAAGCGCGCGUCGUGCACCAGUUCGCGCCCGCAAACCCGCGCGCAAAGUGGCCGAUCCGGCAACGGGCGAAACCUCCAUCUCGCCGCCUUCCGACUGGGAAGAGAUGUACAAUGUGGUCAGGAAGAUGCGCGCGCCAGGCGGUGCUGCCUACGGUGCAGCCGUGGACACAAUGGGCUGCGAGCGGCUGGCGGAUAGGAACGCUUCACCAAAGGACCAGAGACUGCACUCGCUAAUUGCGCUGAUGCUGUCCAGCCAGACAAAAGAUACGGUGACGGCUGUAGUGAUGAGGAAACUACAGACGGAACUGCCGGCGUACAAACCGGGGGCUCCGGUGGGAUUGAACCUGGACAAUUUGCUGGCAGUGGAAGCCAAUAUGCUCAAUGAGAUGAUUUGGGCGGUUGGUUUUCACAACAAUAAGACCAAGUACAUCAAAAAGACUGCCGAGAUUCUCCGCGACAAAUGGAACGGCGACAUCCCCGAUACAGUGGAGGGCCUCACGUCUCUCCCCGGCGUCGGCCCCAAGAUGGCCUAUCUCUGCCUAUCGGUAGCCUGGAACCGCACCGAAGGCAUCGGCGUCGACGUACACGUCCAUCGCAUCACCAACAUGUGGGGGUGGAACAAGACCAAGAGUCCCGAGGAGACGCGGCUGGCUCUGCAGUCAUGGCUACCCCACGACCGCUGGCGUGAGAUCAAUGGCCUGCUGGUUGGAUUGGGCCAGAGCGUGUGUCUUCCCGUGGGCCGGCGCUGUGGUGAAUGCGAUUUGGGACUGCAGGGGCUCUGCAAAGCGGCCGAACGGAAGAAGGUUCUCGGGGGGAGGAGGAUCAAGGAGGAGGCGAUCAAGGAGGAGACGAUUAAGAUUGAAAAAAUCGAGGACCAGGGAGCAGUCGGUGGCGCAAUUGUCAAGGCUGAAGCCAUCGUCAAGGAGGAAGUCAAGGUCAAGCAGGAGCAGGAGGAUUAG